CGCAACGUCUUUCUGUAUAAAAUGAAUCGCUUAUCGCGUCACCCCAAUAGUCUUUAAAAGUCAGGGCUAGUGAGCUGUGUGUGUAAUAGUUUAGAAAGUCCGUGCGUUUGACAAAAAAAAAAAAAUACAAAAUUUAUCCCAACAUGACUCGGGAUUCCGAAAAAGGGAAGUACACGACUCCCGAGGGUUCUCCCGUCAUCGAGUACGCCGCGAGUUUUGCCUGUUGCAUGAUUAUCUUCGGCGUCGGUACUAUAGCCGGAUUCAAUUCGCCGGCGGUCAGUAUUCUCAUCAGCCCGGACAGCCCUAUCCCCUUAUCAGGUACCCAAGCUUCCACGCUAGCCGCUGUCGUUGGAUUUGGUCAUAUGAUAGCUCCUAUGGUGACCGUAUACUUGGUCGACAAACUUGGUAGGAAAGCGAGCCUCCUAGCAAGUACGAUACCCGUCGCAAUCAGUUUUGGCAUCGUAGCCAUCGCGGAGAGUUAUAUCGUUCUAUUGAUCGGCAGAUUAAUAGGUGGUCUAGCGCUCGGGCUUGGUUUCGCUGUGGUUCCGAUCUACCUGGGCGAAAUAGCCUCGGCUAAGUUGAGGGGUGCUCUGGGGACACUAACCGGAUCGUCGAUGAGCAUCGGUCUCCUAUUCUCCUACGUUAUCAUACCUUAUUUAAACAUACGCAGAUCUGCUUACGUGGAAUUCGGCAUCGCGGUAGCCACGGCCAUCGGCGUGUGCUUCGUGCCCGAAUCCCCGUACUUUCUAGCGGUAAAAAACAAAUUCGAGGAGGCCGAAGCGGUUCUGGAAAAGCUGAGGGGAAAAACCGACGUUACGGAAGAAUUGGAACUAGUCAAGGAGACCGUAAAAAAACAAAGUGAAGUGUCGAGGAAAAAAAAUGAAGGGGAAACUGGAGCCGCACCGCGAAAGUUCAACGACCUCAGGGAGCUUUUUGGGAAACGCGCGAACCGUCGUGCCUUCUUGAUAAAUUCACUGUUCAUAACGGUCUUCCAGACCGGCGGUUACACGGUGGUAUUGGUAUACGGAUCCGUCAUACUCAGAGCUCUGAAGAUAACUAUCGACGAAAACUUCGCGUCCAUAAUAAUCGCGGUUAUUCCAUUGUGCGCCAACAUCGUAGCAAGUUUUAUAAUCGACAAACUCGGCCGACGACCUCUCGUCUUUGUUUCAGGGGUAUUGUGCGGCACUUGCACUCUGAUAAUCAGUGUCUAUUUCUUCUUGAUGGAAUACAAAAAUAUCGACGUCUCGGCGUAUUCCAACGUCAUCCUUUUUGCGGUGUUCAGUUUCGUCACAGCGUUCAACAUUGGACUGAUGCCCGUCCAAUUCGUGGUAGUUUCCGAAACACUGGCGUCGGAGAUAAAGGCACUGGCCAGUCUAUUGGUCGGGGUCAUUGGCGGCUUACUCGCGACUCUCGCUCUGAAAUUCUAUUUGAUGACCGCCAUAACGUGGAACCUCGGCCACUCCGUGCCGUUCCUGGGUUUCUCCAUUUUAAAUUACGCGUGCACCGCUUUGAUUCUCAAGUACUUGCCGGAGACCAAAGGGAAGACAUUUAUUGAAAUCCAGAGAGAGCUCAGCGCCUGAAAGUGAAAUUCUUUCUAACGACGUCGUUCCAGGUCGAUUCGAGGAUGUUGGACCGAUUUACCGGUCAUUUCGAUUCUCAGGAGUGGAAAAUUAAUGAGCGGUAUCUCUCAAAAGUGUAUAAAAGUUCGAAAGAUGUUUGCCUUGGAAUACCGCAAAUAUUACGUGAGAACCCGCACUCAGGCAACGAGCAUAAGAUAGAAUAAGGCAAGAUCAAAUCCAUGCGAAAAACUCGAAAGUUUUUACAGCGAAGUGAAAAAUUAAGACCCCCUACAAUUUAUAUUGUUACGCUCUGCGUUGAUAUCGCAGUGACGAUAAUUUUCUACCUGUUAUUUUAAGACGCCCUCAAAUAGAGUAAGCAUGUUAAUUAUACAUUUACCAAAGAAGUGAAACAAUAAAAAUUGCUAAUUUUGUACGUAA